AUGAGCGUUGGAAUCACUCAAACAAUCAUGGAAAAGACCCAAGAGGGCUCGGGCGCUGCGUGUGCUGCGUGUGAGCCCAAUGAUAUUACUACGGAGUUGGAAGCUGCGCUCAGCUCGAUUGCAUUGGGAAACAAUGCGGCAGAUAUUGCUGAACCCGAGAUUACCCCUAUCCGAACGAGAAGCCCUCCUGUUACACCGCAGAAGUCGAGUGCCAUGAACGGCGGCGGGGUGGAGGCCGCAAGCCAGAGGGGACGACAGGAGGUCAAAGGCAGUGCCAUCCUGUCCACCACGGCUGCCCGGCGCAACAAGAAGAAGAAGCACAACAAGGCGAAGGCGGCUCAAGCUUUGAACACUGUACGAGGCUUCACUCCGGCCGAUUCGGGCGCCGAAGACUCUGAUGCGUCACGCACCACCAGUCCUCGAGUGUUGUCACCUAACCCGCGUCUGCCUCCGUUGGCUGGUGCCAGUCCCGGGCUGCGACCGCAGUCACCGGGGAUCAGCAGCUUAAAGGCUCAACUCGACGCUCUCAACUCACGCAGUGAGAGUCGCUCGACGUCGCGUGUCCGGAACACUCUGGAUUCGGAGGCUACUAGCAGUGCGGCGAGCGCGGCUUCCGACGUUCAAGGCGACGAGGUGCAAGAGGACUUGGUCAGCUACCACGUUCCGAUCGAUCAGGACUUUGUCAGCCAGUCCAUGGCCGAUACAGGACUCGGCACCACGUCAGCCGGGACCAUGACCGCCGAUCAGCGUGCCACUUCCAUGAUAGCUCGCAAGAUGACCGCCGCCGACUUCACCCCCAUCCGCUGCCUGGGGGAUGGUGCAUUCGGCACCGUGCUUCUUGUGCGCCAGAAUGCGACAGGCCGCUUGUUUGCCCAAAAGCAACUGACCAAGGCCUUUCUCAAGGUCCAUCGGAAGCGCAUCGAAUCCACAAAGUCCGAGCGCACCAUUCUGGAACUGGUCAACCGUCAUCCCUUCAUUGUCAACCUCUACUAUGCCUUUCAAGACCAUGAGAAGUUGUAUCUCAUUCUCGAAUAUGCUUCUGGCGGUGAACUUUUCCGCCAUCUGGAGUUGGAAAAGUUUUUCUCGGAAGAGGUGGCGGCCUUCUACAUUGCCGAGAUCGUCCUAGCACUUGAUUACCUGCACAACACUGUCGGCGUGAUCUAUCGUGAUCUCAAGCCUGAAAAUUGCCUUCUCGAUGCCGAAGGCCAUCUUCUCCUGACGGAUUUUGGGCUCAGCAAGGUGGCGGUCGAAGACGCAAACACUCCAGGUGGCAGUCGCUGCAACAGCCUCGGGGUUGGUACCAUCGAAUACAUGGCCCCGGAGAUCAUUCGUGGUUCCGAUGAGUCUGACUGGGGUCCAGGAUAUGGAAAAGCAUGUGACUGGUGGUCGCUGGGCGCCAUGGCAUGCGAUCUCAUGACAGGCAAACCUCCCUUCGGGGGAGGUAACUGGACCAAGAUUCAACAAAACAUCCUGCAUCAAAAGCUAAGCCUGCCGUACUUCUUGUCCCCGGAUGCGAAAGACCUCCUUACAAGAUUCCUGCGCAAGGAGCCCAAGAAGCGACUUGGCGUCGGUCCCAACGAUAUUGCUAUCAUCAAGAAGCACCGGUUCUUCAAGAAGAUUGACUGGAAAAAGUUGGAGGCGCGGGAACUCGAGCCACCAAUCAGACCUUUGGUUACAAACCCCGAGCUUGCAGAGAACUUUGCGAAGGAGUUUACAGGUCGCCCCAUUGAGACGGCUACUCGGCGACACAGCAGGGCCUUGAGCAAGUCUGAUCCUUUUGGCGGUUUCAGUUAUGUUGCGAGCAACAGCCUCCUGGAGGAGUCCAUCUUGUCCGAACUAGACGAGGCGAUCAUAGACGAAGACUUCUAG